CAAAAUGGUAAAAUUUGGAGCUUUUCUGAUCUGUGCCGUGCUUCUUGGCGCGGCACCAACGCAGAGCACAGCAGUCUUUAGAGGUGGGCGAAUAAUCGGAGGUGAAAUUGCUAGAGCAGGUCAAUUUCCGUUCGCUGCAGCUAUUUAUAAAAAUACCGCGGAUGGUACUUACUUUUGCACCGGUACUAUCAUCAUGGAUGAUUUUAUUCUGACAUCUGGACAAUGCGUUGAUGGGGCUAUUUUGUUUUCAAUUCUCAUUGGAACCAACAAUUUGAAUGCAAAUGAGGGUACUAGACUGUCAACCGACACGUAUUUUCAGCAUCCUGGCUACAAUCCGGAAACUUUGGAAAACGACCUUGGGAUUAUUAAAACACGUUUGCCUAUAACAUUUACUGAUUAUAUUCAGCCAGUUAACUUUUUGGCUGAUUUUCGUCUUCCUGAUGGGUCGUCUGUGUUUACUCUUGGAUGGGGUCAAACCAGCGAUGAGGAAAGUGGGUUAGUCAAUGCGCUUAAUUAUGUCGUUGUAGUUUCUCUAACUCUUGAAGACUGUAUGCUAACUUAUGGUUCGCAAGUUACUGACAAUAUGGUAUGCGUUGAAGGAAAUUACAAUCAAGGAACUUGCAGGGGUGACCUUGGUAGUCCACUGAUCCAGUAUGGUAGUCGUGGAGUUACUUAUCUUGUUGGUGUUUCUAGCUUCAUUAGUUCAAAUGGAUGUGAAAGCACAGAUCCUUCAGGUUUUACAAGAAUCAGUCCUUACAGAGACUGGAUACGUAAUAUUACUAGCAAUAACUAAAUUUAUGUAAAAAUAUCAAUAAAUCAUCAAAACAG